ACUGCCAAUCUGGCUGAAGCCAAUGCUUCUGAAGAAGAUAAAAUAAAAGCUAUGAUGACACAGUCUGGCCAUGUAUAUGAUCCAAUCAAUUACAUGAAGAAACCCUUGGGUCCGCCGCCAUCAUCAUAUACUUGCUUUCGUUGCGGAAAACCUGGCCACUAUAUAAAGAACUGCCCAACAAAUGGGGACAAAAAUUUUGAGUCUGUUCCCAGAAUUAAAAAGAGCACAGGAAUUCCAAGGAGUUUCAUGAUGGAGGUGAAAGAUCCCAAUACAAAGGGUGCUAUGCUGACAAACACUGGAAAAUAUGCAAUACCAACUAUUAAUGCGGAAGCUUAUGCUAGAGGAAAGAAGGAAAAGCCUCCCUUUUUACCAGAGGAGCCCGAGUCCUCCUCUUCCUCAGAUGAUCCUUUUCCAGAUGAGUUGUUAUGUCUCAUUUGUAAAGAUAUAAUGACUGAUGCAGUUGUUAUUCCCUGCUGUAGAAACAGUUACUGUGACGAAUGUAUUAGAACAGCAUUACUGGAAUCUGAGGAACAUACAUGCCCAACGUGUCAUCAAACAGAUGUUUCUCCUGAUGCUUUAAUUGCCAACACGUUCCUACGCAAGGCUGUGAACAACUUCAAAAAUGGAACUGGCUACACAAAAAGGCUCCAUAAGCAGAUUCAGGAGCAACAGCAGCAGCCACCACCACCUCCACCACCGCUAAUGAGACAAACAAUGAUACGCAACCUGCAGCCUCUACUCCGGCAAACAAUUUCCAGACAGCAGGAUCCACUAAUGAUACCAUUAGCUUCUCUGGCUUCUCAUUCUGCUGCUGCUUUGUCAUUGUUGGCCCCUGGUGAGUCAUCUGUGGCAGCUGGGCUGCCAGUAAACCCGUCUUCUGUUGUUGUCUCUGAUGUCCCUCCAGCAGUGUCCCUAUCUCUCCGUGCUGAAAAGCCAGAUGGACCUUUUUGUGAUGCCGAUACUGUUAUACUUCCUGCAGCUCUGGUGACUGCCACUGAACUUUCUAAAUCUCCCUCUCUGUCAAUCAGCAGUUUGUUGGAAGAGAAGGGCUAUCAGGUUCCUGUACUAAGACAACCAGCAUUACCAAGUCUUCUGGGCCCCCAAGGACAAUCAAUACCCACAACUGGUCAUCCAAUGAGAGCCAGUACAAUUCGCUCAGCAGGUGGCAGACCAGGCUGGGAACUAAGUUCAAAUCGAGGACGCCCGCAUAGUGAACGUACCCAAAGGGCUCAGGCCCCAACACUACCAGCAUCAACACCAGUCUUUGUGCCUGUGCCUUCACCUCCCUUGUAUCCUCCACCACCCCAUGCACUUCCUCUUCCACCGGGGGUACCACCACCACAGUUUCCACCUGGUCAGCCUCCAUCUGCUGGGUACACUGUCCCCCCUCCAGGAUAUCCCCCAGCUCCUGCAAACAUGUCGUCAGCUUGGGUACCAAGAGCAGUACCAACAGCUCAUUCAAAUGCCAUCCCAAAGACACAAGCGCCUCCUUUACCUAGGGAGUUUUACAGAGAACAACAGAGACUUAAAGAGGAGGAGAAGAAAAUGUCCAAAUGUGAUGAGUUUACAAAUGAUUUUGCUAAGGAAUUGGUGGAAUAUAAAAAGAUUCAAAAGGAGCAUAGGCGUUCGUUUUCCAGGUCCGAGUCUCCUUAUAGUGCUUCAUCUUACUCUAGAAGUUCAUAUAUCUACUCCAAGUCAAGAUCAGGUUCUUCCUGCUCUCGCUCCUACUCUCAGUCAUUUAGUCAUUCCCAUUCUCGUUCCUACUCGCGAUCGCCGAUGUAUCCAAGAGGAGGCAAAGGGAAGAGUCGUAACUCUCGUUCUAGGUCAAGGUCACAUGGUUAUCAGCGUUCAAGGUCAGGGUCACCCCCAUACAGAAGAUACCAUUCACGGUCAAGGUCUCCAGUAUUUAGAGGCCAGUCUCCCACUAAAAGGACUAUACCUCAAGGGGAAGGAGAAAGGGAGUAUUUUAACAGAUACACAGAAGUUCCACCAUAUGAUAUGAAAGCUUACUAUGGCAGAUCUAUUGACUUUACAGAUCCGUUUGAAAAGGAAAGAUACAGAGAGUGGGAAAGGAACCGUAGAGAAUGGUAUGAAAAGUUUUACAAGGGCUAUGCUGUUGGUGCUCAACCUCGACCUCCAGAAAAUAGAGAGAACUUUUCUCCAGAUAGGUUUGGUCCACCUGGGACCAGACGAGAGAAUUCGCCAUGUGCUCGGGGAUGUAGGGAGGAUUAUCCUGGUGGGCAGAGGUACAGAAAUCGUAAUAUAGCUGGAAAUUACUCUGAAAAACCUUCUGGAAGUGAGAGCCUUGGCAUCAAAGCACCUACAAAAUCAAAAGAGAAGGAGGUGGAAAAUCCACUGGGGGAUGGCAAAGGAAAUAAACAUAAAAAACACCGGAAGAGAAGAAAAGGAGAUGAGAAUGAAAGAUUUCCCAAUGCUGAGUUGCUAGAAGGUGCGAAAAAACCAAGAGAGGCAAUUACGGCAGAAGACAUUAAAAUGGGCUCUCUGUUCAUGCUCCCAAGCAGAGAUGAAGCCAUCCCUGUGAGAGAUGAGCUGACGGAAGCAGAUUCUAUUGCUUUCAAACUGGUGUCUGAAAAAGAGAAAAAAGGGAAGAAGGAUAAGCCAAAAGCAAAAAUUGACAAGACAAAGCAGAAAGUAGAAGUGGCUGUUCCUCCUAAGAAAGACAAUAUAAUGAAACCAGCUAAAGCUUCCCAAGAGAAGGUGGACACCGAUGGUGAAAAAUCUCUUCGAAUGCAAGGUCCUGUGAAAAAAGUGAAGGAGGAGUUGCCAAAGACAGAGAAUGUUAAAACAUCUUCCUCUCAAAAGGAUGAGAAGGCUCUUGGUAUCCCUUGGAAAGUUCACCCAAAAGUGACAAAAGAUCACCCAGAAACUAGACCAGCCAAGGAAGAAAAGGCAAAGAAAGACCAUCCAAAAGAAACCAAGUCGGAGAAGCCCUCCAACAAAGAGGACAAGUCAAAAAAAACUGCUGAAAAAAGCAAACCUUCUGAUGCAAAACCUGAAAAAAGAAAAAGAAAAGUAGAUGAAAAGGUUGAUAAAGAACAUGAAGCCACUUGUAUAAAAGCCUGUAAACCAGAAACUGAAUCAAAAACGUUGCCAAAGGGGAAGACCAAGCCUGACGGUGAAAAAGGAGAGCGAACUCCAGAAAAGGUUAAAUCUGCUUUUCUUAACAACCCCGCAAAAAAGAUUAAACUUAACCAAGAAACUGGCAAAAAGAUUGUGAGUGGAGAAAAGGUGCCACCUGCAGAAGAACCUGUUGAGAAACCUGAGCCGAGCAGCAGCAAAGUUAAACAAGAAAAAGCAAAGGGAAAAGUGAGAAGAAAAGUAACAGCAGCUGACAGAUCUAGUUCAACUCUUGUAGAUUACACCAG